AUGGAGGACAGCAAAGUUAAAAACCAGUUCACCAGGGUGGUCAGUGAAGGGAGAGGAAAGCCAGAGCUGGUGGUGGACACUGAAGUCUCCAAGAAUGGAGAUCUCCGCAAAAGGGAAGGGAGUCAGAAUGUGCUCCACUUUGGAACUCAGAACGAGAGGUGUCAGUGUCGCCCCAGCAGUUGCAGAGGUAGGGUGUUGUCUCAUCAGCUCCUGCAGCUCGACACCACCACCACCACCACCACCGCCACCGCCACUCAAGCUCAUCUCACCAUGUUAAGCCAAUUGGAUGAUGUUCUUACUCAUCUAGGCUCAGGCAGAUGGACAGUACUGCACUUCCUUACCUUGGCGUACAACUGCAUCUUCGUGGGUCCUCAGGCACUAGGUGGGGCUUUCUUGGCGCCCCGACUGGAUUACACCUGCCAGAGCACCACUAUCCCCAGCAGCGCCUCCUUCGAGCUGGCCACUGACGGUCUCGCCAGUUAUACGCAGGCUAACCAUACCACGCUACAGUAUGACCCCAAGUGCCAGUACUGGGUCAACACACCAGAGGGCGGGACGAUCGAGGAAUGUGUGGAGUUUGUCUUCGAUAACUCCACUUUCUCCUCCACAUUUACGUCCGAGUACAACCUGGCGUGUGACCGGGCCUACCUGCAGACGUCCUUCCAGAGCGUGUACAUGUUUGGGGUCUUUGUCAGCGCUCCUAUUAAUGGCUACCUGUCUGACAAGUACGGCAGGAAGCGCGCAUUGAUGGCUGGCACACUCCUCUUCCUCAUCAUCGCUCUGGGCUCCGCGUGGCUCCCCUUUCUCUCCACCGUCCUGCUGGCGCGCUUCCUCCUCGGGGUGUUUCACGCCAUGAGCAACAUAACUUCCUAUGUGCUGCUGGUAGAGGUGAUGAACCCAAAAAUAAGACCUGUCGUUGGGUACGCAGUCAACAUUUUCUGGGCCUCCUCCAUGAUGAUCUAUUCCGCUUUUGGGUACUGGAUCAGGGACUGGAGGCUUUUGCAAACUGUGAAUACCCUGCCUGGCUUCCUCAUCCUGCCUGGCUUAUGGUUGAUUGACGAGUCCCCGCGAUGGCUGAUCGUGAACGGAAGGCCACGGGAAGCCCUGCAGGUGCUGACGAAGGCGGCAUCCUGGCACGGCGUGGACCUUCCCCCAGAGGGUGAAAUGAAGACGCUGAUGCAGGAGCAGAAUGAUACUGGUAAGAGUGAGCGCCAGCCAAUCUCCCUGUGGCGCCUCAUCGGGACCUUCAAGGACGAGAUUGUCAUUCUGUUCAGGACGCCGCGGCUGAGGAUCAUUACCAUCUGUGUUUUUCUGGACUACAUGAUAUCGGGGAUGGUUUAUUUUGGUCUGUCUCUGAGCGGCGCCAGCAUCAGCGACAACCCCUUCGUGUUUAUGGCGCUUUCCGGCCUGAUGGAGAUACCCGCCUACACGCUCACCAUCCCCGUCGUGCAGUGCUUCGGCAGGAGACGGACCCUGGCAACCUGCUUCCUCCUCAGUGCCAUUGUGCUCUUCGCUCUUGCCGUCAUUCCUGCUGAGUACAGCGUGACGGUGGUGGCGCUAGCGAUGAUAGGCAAGAUGAGCAUCACGGCGGGCUUCCAAACGACCAUCUUCUUCUCUAGCGAGCUCUUCCCGACGGAGGUCCGAAGUCGCGGUAUCGGCGGUGCCUACAUGAUGUCUCGGAUAGGUAGCAUGGUAUCGCCCUUCAUCACAGACCUGGUGGGCUCCGUGUACCCGUGGGCGCCCUUCGUGGUGUUCGGGGCGGGCGCGCUGCUGUCAGGGGGUGUCACCUUCCUGCUGCCGGAGACGAAAGGUCAAACACUGCCUGACACGGUGGCGCAGUUGGAGGAGAAGAGCUGCCGGCAGGAGGACUGAGCUCCAGACCUUAAGUUUCCUGAGGGAGCUUGCAAGUUCCCCUCCGUGACACUAGAUGACUUUACGCCGCCCCUGCGAACUCUGAGUGGCGCAGUGGGGUGGUUGCGGGUGGAUUGGGAGAAGCAAGUGUGUGGUGUGCGGUGGUCGGUGUGUGGAGGUAGAAUUAAGUGAUUUUUUAUUACUUUUUUCUUGUUUUUCUUCUUUUCUUCGUUUUUUUCUUGCUGUUGGUCUUGUUAUUGUUGUUGUUGGUCUUCAUUUUCCUUUUCUUUAUUUCAUUUCUUCUUCCUCUUCUUCUUCUUCUUCCUUUCAUUUCCAUGUGUUCCUGUAAAUAUUAGGGAGUAAAUAUAUUUUAGCUGUAGUUUUAUAAGAGACCUACCUGUUUAUAAGAAAAAAAAAACAAUAAAACGCACAAAGAAAAAAAUAUAAACCUUUACU